CUCCUGUGUGGAAUGACUGAACUGCACACUCAGCUUUUAUGGUCAGAGCUGAUUCUGAGUUCUGAGUCUGUCCUGAGCUGUAUUUUUUCUGAUCUCUCUAUAGUCAGACUCAGUUUUUAGGUUUAGGGAUUUGUAACGGUUUCCUCCUCGGACCUGCGGGUUUGUGCCAUGGCGAACUCCUGUCUCCAGCUGAGCGGCUUUCUGAUCAGCUGUCUGGGAUGGCUGGGCAUCGUGAUCGCGACGUCGACCAACGAUUGGGUGACCAUGUGUAAAUACGGCUUGAACACCUGUAAGAAGAUGGACGAGCUGGGGGCCAAGGGGCCGUGGGCGGAAUGCGUCAUCUCCACGGGACUGUACCACUGCGUGUCCCUGACCCAGAUCCUGGACCUGCCAGCCUACAUCCAGACCACUCGAGCCCUGAUGAUCACAGGCUCCAUCCUGGGUCUCCCUGCUGUGGGAAUGCUCCUCAUGUCCAUGCCCUGCAUCAGCCUUGGCAACGAACCCCAGAGCUCCAAGAACAAACGCUCCGUUGUGGGUGGACUGCUUGUUCUGAUUGUUGCACUCUGUGGUGUGGUGUCUACCGUGUGGUUUCCCAUCGGAGCGCACCAGGAACAGGGCCUCAUGUCCUUCGGCUUCUCCCUCUACACCGGCUGGGUGGGCACCAUCUUCUGCCUGUUGGGGGGGUCCAUUCUCACCUGCUGCUCCUCAGACUCCUCCUCUUCUUCAUCCCACUCAUACCAAGACAACAACCGCUUCUACUACUCCAAACAGGGAGGUGGCAGCGCGCCGGCCGCCUCCUCGGCCAAUCACGCCAAGAGCGCCCACGUGUGAAGACAGGAGACGUUUUGAUUCACCAGGAUGGACGUGGUGUCGGGGACUGUAGUAUGUACUGUAUAUAGAGACGGACUGUAAAUACACACAUUCAAACACGUCAGCGUCUCACAGUCAUAUGAAAACCAAGAUGAAGUUGAUCUGUGUGCAGUAGGGUGGUUCACAAUGUGAUGGUAGAAGUACAAGUUUUCUAAAUGAUGCCAGAUGGUAUUUUGCCUUGCUCCUACUGCCGUUGUGAACAUCUGUAACAAAAGUUGAGCCAAUAGGACGCCAGUAAAGGGUGGCACACUUUUUCACAAUUUUUAUUGUUCUACAUAAGAAUGCGUAACUUUGGCAAAAACAUAACUUUAACAAUACAAAGAUAAAUCUGCU